ACAGCUUGGAGGAGCCUGGGGACACCCCCAGACUCCGAGCCCUCCCCAGGACCCUCAGCUGUUGGGCGGGGGCUGGAGCCGCGCUGUCCGGCCGGAUCAGGCCGCUGGGACGUGCUAAUCCGGCCAUGGGCUAUUUUUGCGCCGCGCCGGGUUAGGAAUCCCGGGCUGGGCCGCCUCCGCGGCUUUCCCGAAGAAUGGGGCAAAAAAAGCAGCGACUGUUGGAGGCACGACGGCGUCAGAGCCUAACAGACGGAGCCCAGAUGCCUUCCACCAUGGAGCCCUGCUUGGGGCCACCUGCAACCCUGGGACCCCAGCGCAGCAUCUAUUUUUCAAGCCCCAAAAGCCACUCUGCACAACUGGGAUCUGAGUUUUUCGACCAGCCUGCAGUCCCUCUGGCUCGGGCAUUUCUGGGACAGGUCUUGGUUCGGCGACUUGAUGAUGGCACAGAGCUCCGCGGCCGCAUUGUGGAGACGGAGGCAUACUUGGGGCCCGAGGAUGCAGCUGCUCAUUCGAGGGGUGGCCGGCAGACCCCCCGCAACCGUGGCAUGUUCAUGAAGCCAGGAACCCUGUACGUGUACAUCAUCUAUGGCAUGUACUUCUGCAUGAACGUCUCCAGCCGAGGGGAUGGGGCAUGCGUCCUGCUGCGAGCGCUGGAGCCCCUGGGGGGCCUGGAGACCAUGCGGCAGCUUCGCAGCACCCUCCGCAAGGGCGCCGCGGGCCGAGCCCUCAGAGACCGUGAGCUGUGCAGCGGCCCCUCCAAGCUGUGCCAGGCCAUGGCCAUCGACAAGAGCUUCGACCAGCGGGACCUGGCCAAGGACGAGGCUGUGUGGCUGGAGCGCAGCCCCCCGGGCUCCAGGGAGCCGGCUGUGGUGGCAGCAGCCCGAGUGGGCAUUGGCCAAGCAGGAGAGUGGGCCCAGAAGCCCCUGCGCUUCUACGUCCAGGGCAGCCCCUGGGUCAGUGUGGUAGACCGAGCAGCCGAACAGAACUCACAGGCCUGCUCGGACAAGGCUUUUUAAUUGUUCAAAGACCAAAUAAAUGCUUUAUGUCUGGAAAA